AAAACAGAAUCAAAAGAAGAAUGGAUACUAUGGUUGCUUGUGGAAAGCACUUGUUGCUCUCUUUUCCUUGUGUACUCAUGGGGUGGCAACGGCAGCCCAUGCCAUGUUUUCUUCUCUUUUCAUUUUCUGGGACCAUCUCUUUUCAUUUCAAUCAGCUCCUCUUAUCACUUUUACGUGGUCGACCUUGGAUCAGAUAUUACGCCACACGAUUCCCACUAUAAAUUUGCCUCUCAUCCCUUUCCCCCUUUCCUCUCCCUCGACUCAUUUUCUCCACUUCCAAACCAAAACCACUGAAGAAAAGAAACCAUCAUCACAACAAUGGCGGAAGACUCAAAUUUGCCUCAUAAGCUAGCUUCUCUCCCCAUGAUUCAUGGUGUCGAAGAAGGUGUUGCCGAGCUAGUGUGGGAAAGUGGCCAGCCUCUGGCCCGGCAUCCAAGCCGCAGCCGCCCUUCUCAGCUCCACAGAUUGAAACGCCCCAGAUUGGGAUUCGGAGCAAACGAUCAGACGGGUUUCGAGCCCCACGUCGUUCCACAGUACAGAGACCUUGACAACCACCAUCCAUCUUCAGGGGAAGCAGCAGCAUUCAACAAUGAGCUCGUACCCAAAGUCCCCGAUUACCAAUUCAACCUUGGAUGGGGACCGUUCGCUCAAAUGCUCAUGGACAAUCCGAGCCCCCAGCAGCAGCAGCAGGGCACUCAUAGUUGUUCCACGGAUUCGACAAAUUGUCCCAAUUCGAGUUCGAGGCUCGAUCUGCUGACGAGGAGCAGCAAUGGAGGGAAGAGCAGCAUUCCUGUCGAGUCGACUCUGGUGGAGAGUGGGUCGAAAAGUGUCAAGCGAUUCGACUUGUUGGCGCCGCCGGAUGAGCAAUCGGAAGCUGUUUCUCGCGACAGUGACACCAGAGCCAAGCGGGCGAAGAUUGAGGCGAAUGCGGCCGCCGGCGGGGAUGAAAACCCUGAUCACAGAAAAGAGUCGGCGUGCUGCUCACUUGCUGCAUCCAAUGAUUUCGAGCGUUUGAAGAAUACCCACCACGAGGAUACCACCGAGACGGCACAACGAGGCAGGAAGAAGAAGAGGCGAUCUGCAGAAGUUCACAACCAGUCUGAGAAGCGACGAAGAGCGAAAAUCAAUAAGAAAUUGCAGGUGCUGCAAGAUAUGAUACCCAAUGCGAACAAGAUAGACAAAGCAUCGUUGCUUGAUGAGGCAAUUGAGUAUAUGAAAGGUCUUCAGCUUCAAUUACAGAUAAUGGCAAUGGGGAGGGGCCUUAUGAUGCAAUCAAUGAUGUUACCUGGAUUCCAAGCUCCUCAAAUGGCACAACCUCCAUCUAUGGGGAUGGGGAUGGGGAUGGCAAUGGGGAUGAAUACGCAAAUGGGUCUCGGGUGCAACCCAACUCCACUCACCAAUUCACCGCUGCUUGGCCUUCCGGGACAAAUGCUACCUUUGACAAUGCCACAGCUGCAGCCAUUCAGUGCCAUGCCUACUGGAGGGUCUUCCUCUACACCCUCAAUUCCUAUGCCUGCAAUGGAACUCAUGGGAUCUGCUCCUCCUUUUGUGGGUACAAGAGAUGCUGCAUUUCAGGGCACUAACCCUGAAAUGCUGAAUAUGGAAGACCAGAAAGAUGGGUAAAGUGCCUCUCUGCCGGUUUGACCGGCUGUGACGAAUCAAUAGGCACUUCCCAUGGAUUGAAAGGUGUAAUUAUCUUCUCUAACAUCGAGUAGCCUUUGCCAAACUGAUGGAAAUGUGGAUAGGUUUCAACAAAUGCAGAGAGGCUUCUGCCUGCUGCGUGUUUCUCGAUCUUCAGUUUUCUUACUGAACAACUGAAUCCUCGGCGAAAGGAUCUGGGACUGGCAAAAGAAAUCAAAGAGAUUCUGCCUGAGCAGCCAAGGAGCAAAUCCUUUAUGGCCUUGGAUUUCUGUGUACACCUCCAGGAAAAGAGACCUAUAAAAGACUUGUUCAGGACUGCAUUUCUUUGCCCCGACAGAGACCUACCAUCUCAGAAUCUGAACAAUCAAGAUGGCCACGAUCUCUGGCAAAAUACAAGUUAGAGCAGCUAGUUUAUUGUAUCAAUAUCGUUGAUGUAUAAGACUCAGUGCAAGUAAAUCUAACAAGCUCGUUCGACAUAGGAAAAAAAAGGCUCAUUGUAGAACUAUUAUAUGCAUAUCUGAACACAUCUUACGCACACAAUGAAGAUCAUACUCAACUUA